ACAGCCCACAAUGUACAUACGCUGUAUCUCUCUCUAAAAAGAGAAAGCUUUCUCUAAAGGAGAAUCCAUUUUUAGAAGGAGAAAAAAGAGAGAGAAAUGCAAAUGCUCUCUAAAGCUUCAUCUGCUAUGGCCUCCUUUCCUUGUUCAAGGGAACUUUUGUCUUGAUUAUAUGUUGGUUUAUGGUUAUAUUUGAAAGCCUAUUUUCGAAUGUUUUAGGUGAGGAGUGGGCUUUGUGUUUGGCCAGGCUUGAGGCAACUUUGCAUAAGAAAGGGUCUCGAGUAUGGCUUGCGCUUAUUAUCGAUGCCCCUCAAAACCUUGCGCGGGGCAAGUCGUUCUCUUAGGGUCGCGGAGUUUUGUAGUGUCACCAACGUGUCUUCCUCAUUGCAAAUUGAAUUGGUACCAUGUCUUAGAGACAACUAUGCAUAUCUUUUACACGACGUGGACACAGGCACGGUUGGAGUCGUUGAUCCUUCAAUAGCUAUGCCCAUUAUCGAUGCUUUGAGUCGGAAAAACCGGAACUUGAAUUAUAUAUUGAAUACCCAUCACCAUCACGAUCAUACUGGUGGGAAUGCAGAGCUGAAAGCAAGGUAUGGAGCAAAGGUUAUUGGUUCGGGAAUAGACAAGGAUAGGAUCCCUGGAAUUGAUAUUGUUCUAAAUGAUGGGGACAAGUGGAUGUUUGCGGGUCAUGAGGUGCAUGUCAUUGAAACUCCUGGUCAUACCCGAGGCCAUAUCAGCUUCUAUUUUCCAAGUUCUGCAGCAAUAUUUACCGGGGACACAUUGUUCAGCUUAUCAUGUGGCAAGCUUUUCGAAGGAACCCCGGAACAGAUGCUUUCUUCCCUUCAGAGGAUCAUGUCUCUGCCUGAUGAUACAAAUAUAUAUUGUGGUCACGAAUAUACUUUGAGUAAUUCGAAAUUUGCAUUGUCGAUAGAACCCAAGAACGAAGCACUUCAGUCGUAUGCAGCGCAUGUAACUCACCUUCGCAACAAAGGGUUGCCUACGAUUCCAACUACGCUGAAAAAAGAGAAGGCGUGUAAUCCGUUCCUUCGAACAUCGAGCACAGAAAUCAGGCAGGCAUUAAAUAUUCCGGCCAAUGCAAAUGCGGCUGAAGCACUGGGUGUCAUUCGUCAAGCAAAGGAUAAUUUCUAGGGCUUGUUUAGACAUCAUUUCUGUAUGUGUAUAGGUGAUGUUAGCUCUUCCAUAUGUGAAAUAAAAAACCACAAAUGUUUACCAAUGUUCAUAUGCUUUGAUUUUUCUUUUUGGUUCUUUCGAAAUUCUCUUGAGCUAAUCUCAAAAUAUUAUUUUGCUUAUUUCCUCAUAACAAUUUUUUAUUCCUUUGCCUCUUAUAUACAUGUAAUUGUUUAACAUUAAAAUCCCAAAAUCGGAUUGGAGAUCGAAUUGAUUUGUUUUAUGGUCCAAUAA